UGGCCGCCCCACAGUUAAUCCGUGUGUUCCCCGGUCUGCACUCUGGAGUGGCAGUGCUCUGGUCUUGAUAGAGAUAGAGAUAGGGUUAGUCCAGCGGCGCCGCCCUCGCGCGUGGGGAGCUUCGAAUCGAAAUUUAGGAAUUGAGAGCGGGAGCGGGACGGGUGAGAUCCAGAUUUCCCUCCUCCUUCUUCCUCCCUUUUCCCCCUUCUCUUUAUCUUUAUAGAUUAUUACAGAAGAGAGAGAGAGAGAGAGAGAGAGAGAGAGAGAGAGAGAGGUGGAGAUCCUGAUUCCUCGCUUCUCCUCCCGGCGGGAUCCGAAGUAAGAUCGAUCUCCAAAGUUGGCCCAAAUAAAUAGCUACCGUACUAGUCCAAAGCUAGCGUUGGAGGAGGCAGAGCACAAAGGGUUGGUGAUUUCUCGACUCACGUCCCAAGCUAAAUCAGGCCAUGUCCGAGCAGCGGGAUCGCCGCCGGCGCCAAACCCGUUACCCCCCUGCUGGUUCUUCAAGGGGUAAAAGAAUAAAGGCCUCGCCCUGCCAACAAGAUUGUGUUCCAGAUGGAUCAACUUAUGCAAAUGGCCAGGCAAAGACAGAGGCCUCACCCUGCCAACAAGGUGGUGCCAGUCAAACAGAGGAGUGUUCAGAGCUAAAUCUUCCAGAGGACAUCUGGCAUCAUAUACAUUCCUUAAUGCCACUGAAAGAUGCUGCGAGAGCUGCCUGUGUGUCUCAGUCCUUCCUGUCUUCCUGGAGAUGCCAUUCCAACCUCAUUCUGAGUAGAGAAUCAUUUGGCUUGGAAGGCGAAAAGGAAACAGCUAGAGAUUUUAGAAGAAAAAUUGAUCAUAUUCUGAGAAACCACUCAGGAACUGGCGUGAGAAAACUCAGCCUUCGGUUGGUUCCAAAUUACAAUGCUAAGGACCGUGAUUAUAUCAACAAAUGGCUUGAGAAGGCAGUUACACCAGGGAUUGAAGAACUCACCCUUAGUCUGCCUAUAAACAACAAAUGCAAAUACGAGUUUCUGUGCACGGUUUUAUCAAAUGGGAGGGGAGACUCGCUUCGGUGUCUUUACCUUACCAAUUGUUCUUUUCAUCCUAUGGCUUUGCUUGGUUGUUUGAGAAGCUUGACAAAAUUAGAGCUGUUUAUGGUGCGUAUUCCAGGGGAUGAGUUAUGCUGCCUUCUUUCUAGUUCUUCAGCUUUAGAGUGGCUUUCACUUACGUAUUGCAGUAAGGUAAACUGCUUGAAGAUACCAUGUCACCUUCAGCGUCUAAGGCAUGUGAAGGUGGAAGAUUGCAGCAAGCUGCGAGUGAUAGAGAACAAAGCUCCAAAUCUCUCCAGCUUUCAGUUUAAAGGUGGCCUCAAGGUACAAGUCAAACUUGGAAAAGCAUUGCAAGUGAAGAGCUUAUACAUGAGCAGCACCGUAUUUGGUUGUAACACUCGAGCAGAGCUGGCGUCCAGCAUUCCAAGCAGGGAGAUGGUCAAUUCACCAAUGGUGUCUAGCAAACUCACCGACCUGAAAUCUAUGAUCAUCUGUCUUGGAGAAAUGUCCUUUUGCCUGAGCUUUGAUUGUCAGUCUAUCGUUUCUAUCCUUGGUGCUUCUCUUACAUUGGAGACUUUCAUCUCACAUGUAUCUGAUGAACUCAUGCAGCAUGCCUUAGUUUUUGGAGAUCCCUCAAGAUCGUGGAUGUUGGACACGAGUGGCGGCGUCGUGUCCCCAUUGAAUAAGAGUCUGAUUAAGCUAGCAUGUCAUGUCCUCAGGGCGUGGUUGACUUAAACAUGUCCCCGUUCUGGGAGUGCAACGACUGUCACAGGGGCAUGGUAAUGCCAAAUGCCAUGCAUAGAGCACUCUGCAGCUGAAAAAUAAACUAAGUGCAAGUCUGCCUCCUGAGUUUCUGAAGCUUUGUGCGGUUGGUCAUGGUGUUGAACAUUGAUCUUGUUUAUAAAGUUUGUAGCUGGAUCUUGUUUACUUAAACUACCGGAACUGCUCAUUGUUAAAUUGAUGUGGUUAGUCUGUAAUAUUACCUACAAUGGAAGUGGUGUUAAAUAAAGGUACUCUGCUUGUUGUC